UCAUCUGCUUCGCUGUUUGGAGGAAACUCCUGCUUCUGAACUAAUUCUGUGUUCAGUAACAUGGCCAGCAAGAAAACCAUUGCAGUGUUUGGAGCAACAGGAGCUCAGGGCUGCUCUGUGGCCAGGGCCAUUUUGGAGAGCAAAAAAUUCGAGGUGAGAGCGACCAGGGAUGAGACCCGACCAAACGUGCAGGUGCUUCGGGAACUUGGGGCUGAGGUGGUAAAAGGGGACCUGAACGACAAAGCAUCGGUGGAGGCUGUCUUGAAAGGAGCCUAUGGGGCCUUCAUGGUGACCAACUUCUGGGACGAUUUCAGCAAAGAGAAAGAAGUAUUUCAGGGAAAGCUGGUGGCUGAUGCUGCCAAGAGCCUGGGUCUGAAGCACGUGGUGUACAGCAGCCUGGAGAAUGUCUGGCGCCUGACAGGCGGUAAGCUGGAGGUGCCGCACUUCGACGGCAAGGGAGAGGUGGAGGAACAUUUCUGGUCCACUGGCGUUCCCAUGACCAGUGUCCUCAUAGCAGCUUACUCUGAAAACUUCCUCGGCCCGUGGAAGCCAGUGAAAGCCUCUGAUGGAGAUUACUACACCCUGGCACUGCCUAUGGGGGAUGUACCGAUGUAUGGUAUCUCUGUUGCUGAUGUUGGAGUGGCCGUCUGCAGCAUUUUUAAUUCUCCAGAAGAGUUUAUAGGCAAGGCGGUUGGUCUCAGUGCAGAAGCCCUAACGAUACAACAAUAUGCUGAUAUCUUGUCCAAGAGUAUGGGGAAAGAGGUUCGAGAUGCAAAGAUUACCCCGGAAGCUUACGAGAAACUGGGAGUUCCUGCAGUGAAGGAAGUGGCCAACAUGUGUCAUUUCUAUCAAAUGAAGCCAGACCGUGAUAUUGAGCUCACCCGCCGACUAAACCCCAAAGUCAAAAGCUUCAGCCAGUUUGUCUCAGAGAACCAGGGAGCCCUGAAGGGCAAUUAAGCUGUUCACACAGGUCCCUGAGCACACAAAAUCCUUUCUCCCUGAUUCCAGUCCUUUUUACAGCAAGGGAAAGCUUCCUAUGUAUUUCUUAUUGGAGUCAUCCUCUCUCCAAAGGCUGCCAUGACCUUUUCAGUUUGUGGUUGGGUUGGGGCCACAGGGUGAGAGGGGCCAUCUCACCAUUUAGUUGCAAGCGAAGCCCAGAGGCUCUGCAGUGGGUGAAGGCCAGGAGCUUAAGGCAAUGGCUGGGGAAAGCGAAGGUGGUGGAAGGGCCCCCGUGAUAUCUUUGUGUGUAUCUGCUUAGCAUUUUCUACCCCAUAUUGUAAUUCUGUGUUCCCUGGUUUUCCUCUUGGCUGUGAGAGACUUCCCCUGUUUUUUAUUCCAGUGCCUGGCACGUGAUAGACAUCAAUAAAGAUAGAUUGACUUGCA